CAUUUGUUUUUGAUUCUUCUCAGAAGUGCGGAGGGAUAUAAUCAGUAAUAAAAAUAGAGGAGAUAUAAUGAUAGUUGUGAGUCGUUUCGCCGCAAAGUGGUUGCUGAUGCUCGGCCUUGUUUCUGCGGUGCUUGUCGUCGUUGUGGGAACCCCCGUUGAGAUGGAGGGUAACGAUGAAGUGGAUCCCCUGGUGGCUGCGACCCGUGCGCAAGACUGGGAAGAGGUCAAGAGGUUGAUGUCGUUGCAGCCGCAUGCGCGGAGUGACCUGGCUGGUGCCCUGGAUGCCGGGUUGCUUCUGGCCAGUGCGGGUGCCAACAGGAACGACGUUUUGUUCCUGCUGCUGGACACGCAUAACGUGGAUCCGAAUCUCAGGGUGCCUGGUGGGGACCAGAAGACUGCGCUCAUGGCUGCCAUUCAGAGCUCGAAUUUUGAUGGUGCUGAGAGACUGUUGGAGUCUGGUGCAGAGCCAGACCUUUUGGACUCUGCCAACUGGACAGCUCUCCACUAUGCAGCCAAAAAUGGGGAUGCUGGGAUCACGCGCAGAUUGGCAACCCUGGUUGAUGCCAGAGCUGUCACCAUAGAUGGCAACACUGCCCUUCACUAUGCUGCCCAGUACAGGAACCCUGGUGCCAUAUUUGCCUUGUGUGAAUCAGCCAACCCAAAGCCCAAUGUGAAUGCUCAUAAUGAGCUGAGCCAGACUCCACUCAGGCUUGGCUGCUGUGACAACAUUGGUGUUAUUGGUGUCCUUUUGGAGAAGUGUAGAGCUGAUCCUGAUGAGACUGAUUACCUGAAUAGAACUCCUUUGCAUUAUGCUGCCAAGGAAGGUGCAUUUGAGGCUGUUAAACAGCUUGUUUUGGCUGGAGCAAACCCUAGCAUUGUGGAUGACAUGACACAAACUGCCAGGAUCAUUGCCAAAAAGGAGAACCAUGGAGAAAUGGCCAAAUACUUGAGAAAUGCUGAGAAGCAGUACAUGGCAUCAAAGACAACUACACUGCCCACAACAACCACAACUACCUCUCUGGCGCCAUUUGUGGACUAUAUUCCAGAAGAAGAGGUGGAAGAAGAUCCAGAGGAAGAGACUGAAGAUGAUUUGGAGGAACCAGAAGAAGACCAAGAGGAAGCAGAGAUGAGUCACCAUGUGAAACCAGACUCCAAGCCCAGGGACCAUUCAGAAAACAGAGUGGAGCCCAAGAAGAACAAAAAGAAGAAGGAAGAGGAGCUGUACAACUGGAUUCAGUAUUUUGCCCCUUUCUUGUUUGGCUAAGACCCCAAACUGUUUUGUAUCCUCAAAAUGGCUGUUCUUUUUGUACAUGAGCUUAUUUUUUCUGAGGGCAAACAACUCGCCAUGUUUUUUUUAUAGCAUGGAUGUGUAAAGACUCCUGGGCAUUUUUGUGGAACCCACAUGAACCUUCAGGUUAUCUCUUUAUUUAGUGAGAAAUACAUAGAAGAUCUGAGUUGUUCAGAUAUUCAGUCCUUUUUAUAGCUUUUGUAACAUUGGAUGGCCAAGUAGACCCUUUGUUUCAGAACUGACCUGUGUGAGCAAUUUAAUCAGUAUCAAAAAUUUGUUUUUUCAUGUCUCAGGACAUUCCUUUUUGCAAAAAAAAGGAAGAGUAGAGACACACUUGGAUGAACUUGCUAGUCCAGUAAUGCCAGAUUGCAUGUGUGCCAUGAUGGUGUUCAUGUUUCCCAUCCCAACACAUUGGGGAAUAUAAGGGGGGCUUGAGGAUUGAUUGUGUGUCCUUUGUUUUUGUUUUGUUUUUCUGUGCCUGAUUAUUUUCGAAGUUUAAAUACAUGCAAUUUUCUGGGUGUCAAGAGA